AUGAUGUUCGAUUUGGAUGAAGAGAUUGAUCCGUUGGAAACACCACAAACCGAUAACAAUCCCUUCAGAUUUUCUCCCGAUCUCAUCGAGAAGCACGAGAAGCGCUUGCUUGCUGAAAUGGACUUUAUACACGAGCAAUCACCGACCACUUUUCAACGAUCUCUCUGUUUAAACGCAACUUCAACCCUCGAGGUGCACAUCUCGGAUGACGAGGAAUCACCAACAGCCGAAUUGCAACGGAAACUUUGCCUUUGCGCGAGUUUAAACCCGGAAUUUAGCCAAGAAGCCGCUCAACGCUCACGCAAACAAUCGUACACAUCUUUCCCCUAUCACGAUCAUCAGAUCACCGACGAUUACAAAGUAUCAGCUGAGAUUAUUGGAAUUGGUGAAUCGGGUAAAGUGAUGGCUUGUUACAAUAAAACGACUGGAGAGAAGUAUGCGUUGAAAGUGUUAAGAGAUUCGCCGAAAGCUCGACGAGAAGUCGAGUUGCACUACUUGACAUCAAAUCAUGAAAACGUUGUCACUAUUCAUGACAUUUACGAGAAUACAUUUGACGGCGUGAAAUGUUUGCUGAUGGUUGUUGAAUUUUUGGAAGGCGGUGAUCUUCUAUCGCAAUUUGAAGGACAAGGCAGUGUACCGUACACGGAAAAGAAAGUCGGCGAAAUCAUUCGGCAAAUCGGCGCCGCCGUGCAAUUCCUCCACGACAUGAACAUCGCUCAUCGGGACAUCAAAUUGGAGAACAUUCUUUGCAGCUCAAAAGGCGACGAUUGUGUGUAUAAAUUGGGCGACUACGGCUUCGCGAAACGUCCCGAGCGAAACGUGCUAAUGGAGAGCCCGUGCUGUACACCGUAUUAUGCCCCACCAGAAGUGCUCGGUCGAGAGCGUUACGAUCGCUCGUGUGACAUGUGGUCGCUCGGCGUCGCCAUGUACAUAUUACUGUGCGGCUAUCCUCCCUUCUAUUCGAUGGCCGGUUUGGCCUUGUCGCCGGGGAUGAGAGCCCGAAUCGCGAAGGGAUACUACGCCUUUCCACACGAGGAGUGGGAUCCCGUUUCGGAUUCGACUAAAAACAUCAUCCGAAACUUGUUGAAGACGAAUCCUUCGGAAAGGAUGACUAUUCAUCAGCUAAUGUUCGUCUCGUUGGUAACCGGCGAACCCGAUCGAACAACCCCAAUACCUAUCCCUGUGCCUGGCUCUGAAGAUGAACGAUCAUCAAGCGAUUCUUGCCAUGAUGAGAACAUGGAUGAGACCCGAGCCAUCCCAGAGAUCCCAAAAUCGGUUCGAUUCUUGCGAGACGGUGUCAAACCUCCAAGAUUGCACAGUAUUCAGGAAGAGGUCGGUCGUGCGUUGGAGCUGAUGCGAAUGGGGCAUGAUUCGGUUUAUGUGAAACCACCGAAGCUCGCUUGCACCUCGUUGCUGGCUCGACGACGCAGCCAUUUCAGUAUUCCACAAGUUCAACUCAACUAU